UAAAGUUCACUUGUGAUACUUGAUACAAGGUAUACAUGUUUUGGUUAAAUAUAAGCCUUUUUCUUGCGAUCAAUUGAUUCAAAUUAUCCCAUGACGAUUUCGAGUUUACAAUUUCAUCUAAAUACUUCGCUUAGAAAAAUGGAGAGUUUAAGAAGACGCUUCAAACCACCAAAAAUGCUACUAAAACUAUAUUCCCUUUUCAUCCUAAUAUUGGAUCUAAUAAUGCUUCUAAUUGGAAUUUUCUUUGCUAUUUUAAUUGCAUUGUAUAGAACAUUCAAUCCUCCACCUUUAAAAAGUCUUCGUGGAGAAGUUGCAAUGGUUGUUGGUGCAGGACGUGGUAUAGGCAGGGAAUUGGCAAUUCAUUUGUGUCAAUUGGGUGUUAAUGUUGCUUGCAUAGACAUUAAUGUUGAAAAUUGUAAUAUCACCGUACAAAAAGCUUCACAGGGAAUAGGAGUAGCUAAAACAUAUAUUUGCAAUGUAACAAAUAAACAUGAAGUAGAUUGUACAGUGAAUAUUAUUCAAUCGGAAUUUGGCAAAAUUACAAUGCUUUUUCAUUGCUGCGGUAUACCUAGCCCUAGAUCAUUGAUUGAAGAUCGACCAGAAAUAAGACAAACGAUCGACUUAACGGUUAUUAGCCACUUUUGGUUGUUAGAAACAGUUUUACCUUGUAUGGAAAAUGCUGGAAAAGGACAUAUAGUGGUUUUAUCAUCUGUGGCUGGACUAUCUGGUGGUGCCACUGGUGGUAGUAGGGUUCCUCUUUCCACUGCACAGUUUGCAGUUCAAGGAUUAGCAGAAUCAUUGCAUACCGAACUAAGGCAUUCUAAUAGUAACAUUAUAAUUACCUUAGUCCACGUUUAUCCGUUUAUUGUAGGCGUAGAAGCGGGCAAAGAUAUUCGUUUUAGAAUACCAAGCUAUUUCGGCACAAUGCCCGCUGCGGAAGCCGCUAAGCAAAUUUUAGAUGGUGUUCGAAGAAAUUAUGCAGAAUUCAGUGUACCUGGAUAUUUACUUUACCUAGGACAUAUCCUUAGAAUACUUCCAAAAAAAGCAUCGUUUAUGUUACGUGAUUUAUUAGACACAGGAGUUGAUUUUGGAUGAUAUUUCAUUUUUCUAAUCAAAUAUACGUAUCGACUUUUUCUACACGAUUAUAAUACAUAUUAUAGAAAAAUGUACAAGAGAAAUUUGAAAUUUAUUUAACAAAAUAUUUUAUUUGCUCCUUUUACAUCUACAUUUGAUUAUUGAAAUAUUUUCUGCUAAAGUCUACCUCUUUGUAACUUUUGUUUCGUGGUUUUUAUGUCACAUAUUCCAUGAAAUCUACGUAAUUUUCGCAUAUCCUAAUAUUUACAUAUAACGAAAUAAUACGUGACGUAUAAUAGGCACGAUGAGUAAUUAGUGAGUAGUUAAUCUGCAGAAUGAUUCACUGGUUAAUGCAAGAGAUAAACACGCACACAAAAUGUAUAAAACAUGAUGAAUACAUAAUACUAAUUGGAUUUGAACGUUAA